UAGCGUGCGGUUAGGUUGUGCUGUCGGAUCCGUCUGUGACGUGUGUGUUUGUGCGAGUGUUCUGUUCCGUUUGUCAACGACGAUGCUGAGGCUGCUGCUCCGGGACAGUGCAUCACUACGGCGCCUCCGCUAUGACUGAGGGGACGCGAGACACACAACUGGCGCCAGUACCUAGCAACCACGGCCGGAGCGACAUCAUCCUGCACUAGCGUGGAGAAGCGACGACGCAGAGGCAGGCAGCUCGCGCGGCGGCCGCACGCCUCGGGGCUCGAGCAGCGCUCGCCGGCGGACGACGCCGCGUUGUGCCGUGCCGGGCUGUUUCGUAAGGAGGGAAGCCGCGGCCCGUGGCUGCGUUGCGCAGCCGCCGCUGCCUAUCACAGCCGCGUCCGCUCGCGCAAGCUCGCCUCGCCUCGCCUCUCCUCGCAGUCUGCCCCGGAGGCGUUGUCCAUCUGUGCAGUCCCACCAGGCUGCCUUCAUCUAGUCAUACUCUGCGUACCAUGAUAUAGUUUCACGAGCAAACUUCCGCGUCUACGUUACUGUGCCGUGAUAAAAAUUUAAGUGCGCGAGUUGGUUAUUAAUAUCGUACUGCAGUGCGGGCAAGUGGAGUAAUAAACGCUUAUCAGUUUUCGUAUAAGAAACAGCGCUAGUGGACGGUGUGUGUGGCUCAGUGAUGCGUGUGCGAUGUAGCGGCCAGGCGUAGAGGCCACGAUGCACAAGCAGAGCGACGGGCAGCAAGAGGAGGUGGCCGAGGGCAACAGCGGCGGCGGCGGCGGGGGCGGCAAGCACUUCCGGGAGCGCACGCUGCGGACCAUCAAGCAGUCGCUGGGCAAGCUGUGGAAGCGGCGCUCCGUUACCAUCACAGAGUACGACCCCACCUACAAGGUGGCCUACCUGGGCAACGUGCUCACCGGCUGGGCCAAAGGGGAGGGCUGCGUGGAGAAGCCGGUGUCGACGCUGUGGCGCAACUACACGGCCAGCGCCAAGGCGGACGUCGCGAUGAAGGUGACGGUGACGGGCAGCGGGCUGAAGGCGGUGACGCGCGAGCACGGCCUCACCGAGUACUGGUCGCACCGGCUCACCUACUGCGCCGCGCCAGCCGCUUUCCCGCGCGUCUUCUGCUGGGUCUACCGGCACGAGGGCCGCAGGCUCAAGCAGGAGCUGCGCUGCCACGCCGUGCUGUGCAGCAAGGAGGCGGUGGCGCGGCGCAUGGCGACGCAGCUGCGCGCGCGGCUGGCGCAGGCGCUGACAGAGUUCAAGCGCGACAAGGUGAGCCGGCAGAACGCGCGCCUGUCGCUGGCCAACUCGCUGUACGACAACCCUUCGCUGCCGCGCCGCAAGCUGCUGCUGGCCACCGGCUCGCACAACUACCGGCCGCCGCUCGAGCGCUCCAAGUCGGCGCCCAAGCUGAUGGUCAUCGAGGAGAGCGCCGAGGAGGACGAGGACGAGGAUGACGACGACGACGAGGACGACGACGGCUGCGAGGCGCGGCACGCGGCCGAGGCGGCGCCGCUCGACAGGAUAUCCGAGGAGGACGAGCGCUACUCCCACCUCAUGGCCAUGCUCGACGCCGACCACGACGCUGAACACGAGCACGACCACGAUCCCGACGUGGACGACGCCAGGGACGACUGGGGCAGGUUCUCGCUGGAGAGUGGCAGCGGUGAGGAGCCGGGCUGUGGAGGCGGCGGGGGCGGCGGCGGCAGCGAGUGCGGCAGCGACGAGGGCACGUGCAGCCUGUCCAGCGGCGCCUCCUGCUCCUCGCCGGCCGCGCUCUGCCGCCACUUCAAGUCCCUCACAGAGCUGAGGCAGCCACUAUCCGCGGACUGUGACACCUGCGAGCCCGAAGGCAGCCCGCAGCAGCAGCCGGUGGUGGACUGGAGGCCGGGCGCAGAGGGCGCCGCCGACCUGGAGAGGCUGGCCGCUGCGCUGCGCCGCUCGGCCACCUUCCCGCCCCCCAGCAGCGCCGCCUCCGUCUUGGCCGUGACGGCAGUGCCACCCCCGCCGCCGCCGCCCCCGGAGGCGGUAGUCCCCAGAACGCCGCUGGGCGAGCCGGGCGUCGAACUGGACUCUCUGAGCGAGGAAGAGGACGAGGUGGCGCCGGACGCUGCCAGGGACGUGAAGCGCGACGAGGACAACGUGAGCGACGAGAGCGGCUACGCGGAGAUCAUGCUGGACGGCGGUGGCGCCAGCAGCACGGCCACAGCUUCGGCGCAGCCCGCCAGGGGCGCCUUCGGCGCGGCGUCGCCCGUGCGCUGCGUCAGGGUCUGACGCCUGCUCUGAGUUCGGUCCCAGCAGAGUUCCGCGAAAUGGCGCGUCGAGAAAUCUGUUUCACCAAAACGGGCGCUCGAGAGUUGACAAUCGAAGACUGAACAACUCUUGUCGAAAGUUGUGCCUACAGCCAGAUCACGGACUAUACGUACUUUCGUGCGUGCUACACGAAAGAGGACAAAAGUAAUUACAGCGGACUAUACCUGUCUCACAAUUUCAAACUAUUAAAAUUACAGAAAUGGAUGUUUAUAGAACCAACUACACUGGAUACUGCGAGGCAACUGAGCCUUUUACACUCUCCAUUUACUCAAAACGAGCAUUAAUUCAAUGAAUGACUAUGUUUUGGUGUCGCUGUUUGUGCAAUGAGGUUGCCGUGUGUGACCCAUUUGAGAUAAUGAUCCCUGAAUUGUAAUGCUUGGUAGCAUUCGCUAAGGGAGAUGUGGACUCCGUUAAAAUAAACCACCUGAAAGAUACUCUGUUGACGUAUGGCAUACACGAUCAAACUGUCGACAAUUUUUACCUUUACAAAAUUAGAUUCGGCUUCCGUGCCACUUCUUGCAACAAUUCGCCCAUAAUUAUGAACAUCUAAUUCAGCACUUACACAUCACAGUAGCAUCAGACUGUUAAAACCUACCCACAUUCAAUUUAUUACUCAAAUCAUUACACGAAUACCUUCUACACAGAAGAAGAAAUAGGUGUGUCUUUAAGACUCGACUUUUCCUGAACUAGACAUUUUUUCUGAAAGUGACAGACCUUCUUGCGUAGUUCUUGGUCUGACGAAACACGUGUAACUGCAAACAAAAUGUUUUCCCGUUAUUUCAACUAUUACAGAUGAAACGACAUUCUGGGAUAACACAGUAUAUACUGACAUAAAAAAGAUUCGUAACUGAUCAAAUUGCACUCUUUAAAGUACACACAGCAACAAAAAAUUGUGAUUAUAUAUGUUUUAUCUGUGGAAUCCUCUACUGCAUAUUGUCAAUUCUUCAGAACAUUUCAGUGAGUUGCUAAUAUUUUGUUGUGUGACAGGGCAUACAGACAAAUAUGAGACAUCUGCAAUGGUUCACACACUCUACUAACUGAGAAUUAUUUGUUUGGACAGAGUAAGUCAACAUGUUAGAUGGGUUGUAGCUGAAUAUUGCUCUCUCAGCUGGAUAGUCCUGCAAAUCUGGUUAUUGUAUGUGUGCA